AUGUACUUCUUCCUGUGCAACCUGUCCUUCCUAGAAAUCAGCUACACCUCUGUGGUAGUGCCUUUGAUGCUUUCCAACCCACUGCGCUACACCNGGAAGCCCAUUCCCCUGGCUGGCUGUGGGGCCCAAAUGUUCUUUUUUGUCUCCCUCGGCAGCGCUGACUGUUUUCUCUUGGCAGUCAUGGCAUACGAUCGCUACGUGGCCAUCUGCCACCCACUGCGCUACACCCUCAUCAUGACCCAGAAGCUGUGCGUCCAGAUGGUGGCGUGCGCCGUGGGCCUGGCCCUCCUCCUGUCCCUGCAGCUCACGUCCUUAAUCUUCACCCUGCCCUUCUGCGGGCACCGCCGGGAAAUCAACCACUUCCUGUGCGACGUGCCCCCGGUCCUGCGGCUGGCCUGCGCGGACAUCCGCGUGCACCAGGCCGUGCUCUACGUGGUGGGCAUCCUCGUGCUGACCGUCCCCUUCCUGCUGAUCUGUGUCUCCUAUGCGUUCAUCACCUGGGCCAUCGUGCGCAUGCGCUCCGCCGAGGGCCGCCGCCGGGCCUUUUCCACCUGCUCGUCGCACCUCACCGUGGUCCUGCUGCAGUACGGCUGCUGCAGCCUCGUCUACCUGCGUCCCCGCUCCAGCACCUCCGAGGACGAGGACCGCCAAAUCGCCCUGGUCUACACCUUCGUCACCCCCCUACUCAACCCGCUGAUUUACACCCUUAGGAACAAGGAUGUCAAAGAUGCCCUGAAGAACGCAGUCCUCGGUAAGGCAGCCUCUGGCGCCAAUUGA